AGGGGGUUUUACAUUAUGCUGGCAACCCAGGAGCCGCUGUUGCCUACACGACGAGCUCGGCAUUCGAUUGGCCCGACAGCGAUAUCCCGCCCCCACCUGAGCAGGAAGAAGCUGUCAGCUGUACUCCACGCCUCCUCUGCCGAUCGCGUGUGUGGAGCAACCUGUGUCUUCCUCCCCUUGUGUGCACAUGUAGUCAGACCUGCUGCUGCUGCUGCUGCUGCCGCUGCUACUUCUGCGUCUCUGUCUGUACGUGUUGUUUCAACCAUGUCUGUUGUCAAAACGAGUUUAAAACUGUUUGUGUUCGCCGCAGUCACCGUCCUGGCCCUGCUACUGCUGCGGAACUGGAUGGCCACCAAGCAGUACGUUUUCAGCAAAGAAGACGUCGCCAAAUUGGCCAAACAGUACGCAGGUCAAGACCAUGAGCAGGCCUUCUCCAAAGUGGUGGUGGAGCUCAGGAAGAGGUAUCCUGGCCACAUUCUGCCAGACGAGGACCUGCAGUGGGUGUUUGUGAAUGCUGGAGGCUGGAUGGGCUCCAUGUGUCUGCUGCACGCUUCGCUCACAGAGUACUUGCUGUUGUUUGGUACUGCAGUGGACACAGGAGGACACUCAGGUCGUUACUGGGCAGAGAUUUCUGACACCAUCAUCUCCGGAACCUUCAGACAGUGGAAGGAGGGGACAACUAAAAGUGAAACGUACUACCCCGGUGACACCAUCGUACACGGUGUAGGUGAGGCGACGUCAGUCCAGUGGAGUGCAGGGACGUGGAUGGUGGAAUAUGGCAGAGGUUUCAUCCCCUCCACGCUGGGGUUCGCUCUGGCUGACACCCUAUUCAGCACCCAGGACUUCCUCACAAUGUUCUACACUGUACGUGUCUAUAUCAAGGGUUUGCUGCUGGAGGCUGGUACACUACUUACAGAAGCUGGAAUUUUCUGAGGUGCAGUCAAGGCUUGGAGACCUGCAUAUAGACAGUAAUGUCAAAGUUCGCCUUGUCAUGCUAUUUUACCCCUGACCACUAACAUCUAACGUGGGGAGAAAUCUUUGCCAGAUGAUUGCAAGUUUGAGCAUUAAAAAUUUUUACCUGAAAUUGUAGACAAUCCAAAUUUGCCUCAGCACAGUUGAUCCCACCAUCAUUCAAGUUCUCGUAUAGGCUAUACAAAACAAGGUGUUUGACUCCAGUAGUCUAGUCUUAACAUUUACCCUGUGAUGUCAAACUGCUGAACUAAUCAACAAAUCUCCCAAGAACAUGUCAGAAUCUAACCCCUCAUAUAAAGUCCCUCAGUGAUACUCAGCGUCUUAACUCCACACAAUAAGCAUUCCUCUGAGAGCUCAAACUGCCUAAAUAGUAGGUGAGGUCUUAAGCACCCAUAAAAAUCCAAAAUCCAUCCAUAUUUUUUAGGAUCUGAGGCCUAAAGACCCUACAACGACUUGCCAAAUCUGAGAUUCUUCUGAGAAAAAAUGAGUCAGUAUGUGUAACCAGGUUUUAGAGUUUUAACUAAUAUCAGAAAAUGCAAGCUCAAACUGGUUGCUGAUCAUUGCACAUUUGGGGACCAAGGAAUUACUCUUAAAACAAAUAUGCAAAUGAUUAAUUUGGCUUGAAAAGCAAAUACAAAAUAUAUCAUGUAAAGCCAAAGCCACUAUUUUCUUAGUAAAUGCCCAUUUCAUAUUAAUAUGCAUGUGGAUUCUCAGUAAAUGAGGAACCUGUGUGAAUCUAGAUUUAUGAAGAUGUGACUCACAUCAUGUCCUCAUUCAUCACCGAUCUGUUCAUACUAAAUAUUUUUUGAAAAUGUUGAUUGGAGGUAUAUGUUAAUGAAAACUGCCUGAAUGAUGUGUGUGUAAUGUCCCACCUUGCCCCAAUAUGAACCGUAUCCAGAUUCAUACCAGCUCAGAGACAGUAGUGUUUUUAAUGAUUAUGGUUUCUGUGUUUUGGUUCAUGCUGGACUAUUUCUGAUCUACUGCAGCAAUAGAUGUAUUUCAAUGGAGCAGUUUCCACAUUUCAAUCCUGUACUUUCUCCCUAAACUUUCAGAACUUUGCAUAAAAUUUACACCACAUAUAGUGUGGUGCAGUUUGACACAAACAGAUAUGUCUUGGGAGAAAUUGGGAGCCCCUUCAAAAACUUCUGCUGUGCAAUGCUGUAAUUGUACAUGUUUCAGUCAUUCACUUAAUUGGAUGGUUUGAAUUCACAAAAGUUGAUUUCAUACAAAACCUUUUAAAAGUCAAAGGUUAAAUAGACCUGCACUUAACAAUAUUAUUUUGAAUAUAUAAUUGUAGAGAUGAAUGAUAUUAGGUUCUGACCGAGCUGCAUGGCUAUAGUUUAAUCAGUUUCUGUUUGUUGUCUGAAACUUUGCACUAGCCCAACAGGGCAAAAACAAAACACUAUCAACAGACCUCAUCCUCUACACGUCCAUGUUGUAACAUAAUACUGAGCAGCAAUGGCAGAGAAUCGAAGCUUUUUGGAAAUCUUGUGUGUAUUUCACUUGGAAUUGCACUACACAAGCAAAUUACUGCUGCUGAAUCUCUCAUCUCCAGGUUCUGCCAUUUUAAAUAAAACAGCCUUAUUUUCAGAUUGAUGCCUGAACCCCAUCGAUGAUACAGGGUUUCCACCAUGGGAGUGAAAACGUACCCAGAACUGUAGUUCAUUAGUUUACGUACAGCAGUGUCAGUUGAAGUGGGGUCUUGGAUGGAUGGCAAAACAAAAUGCAAGAUGGACAGAAAACCUAUUACUGUACCUUAAAUGCUGACAAGUGGUUGUGCACUGUAAGAUAAAGAUGGAAACUGACAGUGCCAGAAUAAAUAAAUGUUUCUGAAGGAAAA